CACAGUUCGCAGUGGUGUAAGCAGGUGUUAGGAGAAAAUAGGAGAAAAUACGAUAGAAGUGGAAAAAUAAUACUUGUUGAAAACGUUAACAUGCCACCGUCAAAUGACGAGGACCCUUAUGCACACGCGGCGAAGGGACUUUUGAAAUUGAAGAGUGAUCAAGGCGUCAGCAAAAAGAAGAAAAACAAAGAGGGUAAGAAGAAGAAAUUGGUGGAAGUAACAAAAAUUGAAGAGGAAGAGAAACCUAAAACUACUGAAAUCAAACGAACAAAAGCAGAGAUAGCUUUUCAACGAAUGCAAGAGAAGAUGCAAAAUGAAAGAAUAAAACAAAAAGCCUCUAUGACACACAAGCAACGGGUGGAAGAAUUUAACAGACACUUGGACAGUUUGACAGAACACUUUGACAUACCAAAAGUCAGUUGGACGAAGUAA